CGGGCGCAGGCAGGGGCGGCGCCGGCGGAGUUGGGCGCGGGCGCGCAGUGCUUGGUGCGCGCCACCGCCCCUCCGCCCAGCUUGCUGGCCUUCCCCACCUAAGCCCUAGGUCGCUUCAGCCGGCCCCACCCCUUCUUCCUCUCCUGGCCCGGAGGCCUGGUGCGCGGUGCAGCGCGGCAAUCGCGGCCUGGCUAUCAGGGAAAGGCGGUUUUGGCGCUCGCAAGUGGCACGCCAGGCGCGGGGCGCGAGGCCAGAGCUGGCUCGGCUGAGUGCGGGGGGGAGGGUCUGGCGGAGCCCCCAGAGGAAAGCAGGGGCAGGCAGGGGGUGCCGAGGCAAGUGAGACAGUGCAGCUGAGGAAGCAUCAUGGCUGUGUUCCUGGAAGCUAAGAAUGCCCAUGCAGUCCUGAAACGGUUCCCCCGUGCAAAUGAGUUUCUGGAGGAGCUACGUCAAGGCACCAUUGAGCGGGAGUGCAUGGAAGAGAUCUGCAGUUAUGAAGAGGUCAAGGAAGUAUUUGAGAACAAAGAGAAAACGAUGGAGUUUUGGAAGGGAUACCCAAAUGCAGUGUACUCAGUUCGAGAUCCCUCGCAGAGCUCAGAUGCCAUGUAUGUGGUGGUACCCCUUCUGGGGGUAGUCUUGCUGAUUGUCAUUGCCUUGUUUAUCAUCUGGAGGUGCCAGCUGCAGAAAGCAACCCGUCACCACCCCUCCUAUGCUCAGAACCGGUACCUAGCCAGUCGCGCUGGGCACAACCUCCCCCGAGUCAUGGUGUACAGAGGCACUGUGCAUAGCCAGGGAGAGUCUUCUGGGCACCGUGAGACGGGCAAUAACCCACAGAUAGUUCUGGGGCCCAGCCGGGGAGGCAGAACAACUGUCAGGCUAGAGAGUACCCUCUACCUCCCUGAGCUCUCUCUCUCCAGACUAUCCAGUGCUACCCCUCCCCCCUCCUAUGAGGAGGUGACUGCACCCCAAGAGGCCACCAGUGAGGAGGCCAGUGUCUCUUACAGUGACCCUCCCCCAAAGUAUGAAGAGAUUGUGGCAGCCAGCCCCAGUGGAGACAAGUAGCUGAGCACAGGCCCUGGCCUGUAUAAAAGCCUCUGCCAGAGGUAGCCUGCUUCCUUUUGGACUUCUGAAAGACUGUGCCACCACAAAACAGCCUUAGCCUCCUUGUUGCCAAAUAAUUCCCUAAUUGUGGAUUUGUAGAAAGUAAGUUGGUAGAAACAGUUGGUGUGUGUGUGUGUGUGUGUGUGUGUGUGUGUGUGUGUCUGUGUGUCUGUGUGUCAGGGGUCGGGGGAGGCAUAGGACAAGUGCAUGACCCCCCCCCAUGGGAAGAGCUACAGACUUGAGAGUCCAGGUCUUCCAGACCUCCUCCACUGCCACCAAGUCCCCACUAUCCUGUCCUCUCAUUAGGGACCAGCUUCUCUUAUGCCAAAGGACCCAUCCCAUAGCAUUGAUUGUGGUUAGAAUGACCACAGGUUCAUUCUAACCCUGGGGCUGUGGGACUGUCUGGGUACCCCUGUCUGUCUGGGUAUCUAGGUCACAGAGAAGAGGGGGUCAAGCCAGCCAUACAGUUUCUCUUUUCUCAACAGUUCCAUUCUUCCUGUUCUCACUUAUGAGAACAGAAAUGAUUGAACUAGGAACAAAACACAAAUCAUAACAAAUAAUGAACCAUAGAUGAAAACUAUAGACCCUGGACCAUCUGGAGCCCUCCAAAAGUCAUCAAUUGAACAGACCUUGGCACAGCCUUCCUCCAACACCCACCCCUAUGCUCCUGACCAGGGUAAAAUCUAUGUGGAGAGCAACUUGGCAGGAGGACAGGGCAAGGGAAGGAGGAGGGAAGGGGACUGGGUGGCAGAGCUCCUUUUUCCAGACCAAUCGAGGGGCCCACUUGAACUCUGUCAUCUUGUUUCUGAUGUGUACCAGCUGUGUUAAACCACUCCCCACUGGCAUUAGCCCAGGUGUAGCCCUGGAGUACUCUGUUGUGGGGAAACUGAUAACCCUUCCUUCAUGGAGUCCAGGGCCCCUCCCUGGCUAUUACAGACUGGCACAGAGAGCUCAAGAUUCUUCCUUUGUGGGAUUGAUCAAUCCAUAGGAUAGUUAAAACCAUGAGCUCCACCUCCUUCCUUGGCACUGUGCUAUCUGGCUUUGAAGUUUUAGGAUAUUUUUUUCUUUUUCUUUUUUUGUUCUUUCCUUCUUUCUUUCUUUCUUUCUUUCUUUUUUUUUUUUUUGUAAAUAGGUGCAUUGAACUUGAAAUUUAGAUUGUGAUUCUCCUAAUGAUGGUGCCCUUACAGGAAGAAGUUCCGAAGUGUGUCUUAAAUUUUUCUUGGUGGGGGAGCCCAUGACCUAGGGUCUAAAGCCCACCUGGGGUUUGCUUUGCUAUGGCCAGGGGCUGAUCUGUUUUCAAUGAGGCUUUGGAAGACAGAGGUGACUUGCUCUUUAACUGUUAGUGAUAAAGUAAAAGACACUGUUGAUACCAUCUCUACCCGCCCCAACUGUAUUCUCCUGG